CCCCACCACAGCCCUCAGCCCCAGUGGUGGUAGCCACAUAGGGGAAAGCCGGAGAAAGGGGAGAAGGGCAUCUCCCAGCAAGAGGGGGGUGAGCCCCCUGGAAUGGGGAACUGGGCCUCCGGAAGGAAGCUGGAGGCAACAGGCGAUGAAGAACCUAAGUCAGAGAAACCAGACAGGGGACGUCAGGGGUUGAUGAAGUUCUUUCGGAGAGGCCAAUGGGCAGUAAGUAUUGGGGUAUGGAAGUGGUAUUGCAGGGCCAUUGGGUCUCAAGAGCCUUCUUUGUGUGUCUCCUCCUUGAGAGGUCUGGAGGGUGGAAACACGAGAACGAGGCCUUCUCUGCAGUGGCUCCCUGUCUGUGGGAUUCUCUCCCCAGAGACGUUCGCCUUCAUUAUAUACAUGUAGGCAGCAGGUAAAAACGUUUCUUUUUAACCAGGCCUUUGUUUGCUCUAAUUGACAUCCUAUGCCCUAUUUAAAUGUGGUGGGGUUUUUUUGGAGGGGGGGGGGCGUGUUAUUGAGUUGUUGUUUCUCUUUCGAUUAUAUAUUUUGUGGUUUUGUAUUUUGAUUUUGUUCUUUGAACCACCCUGAGACCUCAAGGCUUAGGGCGGUAUAUAAAUUCAAUAAUAAUAAAUAAUAAUAAUAAUAAUAAUAGCUUCUUAAGCCACAUUCUCACCCUAGAUCAAGCAUGUCCAAAGUGCGUUUUGGGGGCCCAUCGGUCGGUUUAAUCCGGCCCCUUUGGCGGUUUAUUUCCUGGGGUAAAAUCUAAAAAAAACCCUCAACAACUUCAAUCCUUAAAAAAGCUCCCUCAGUCAUGGGGGCAAGGGGACAUGCUUGACCGAUGUGCCUUGACCCUCCUUUUUCUGUGUGCCCCCGCAGAGCAUUUCCUAUCAGAUGAAGGGUGAGUGCUGAGAAAAACCCCUUAAUUCUGAUUUCAUUUUAUUCUUUGCUAGAUUUACAAAAAGGGAAAAUACCACACACACACCAGUAAAUUAAUUUUAAAAAGGGGCAAGAAAUUUGUGAUUGCGGGAGAUGCACAGUCGGACAUUGGUCUUCUUCACAGAAGGUAUGAAGCAACAAUACUAAUGGUGAAUUUAGUAUUUUGCAUUUUAAACAAAAAGACUUUAAAUGAAGAUCUUUAACAGAAAAUGCAUAAACAUGAGAAGCAUGAGAACAUAUCAUUUAAUUUUUGAAGCACAUUUGUCAGGAAGACCCAAGUCAAGAUUUUUCUUUUUCUUUUCUCUUGCUGCAAUUUGUCUGCUUUGAGUUAAACUGAAUAUCACUAGCAAUUUAUUGUUAAAGACAAGGUCAAAGUGCAUUUAUUGGGCUAUCCUAUGCACCCAUUUACAUGAAGGUGACUCCCAUUCAUGUUGAUUAUUUCAAGUUAAAAACACCACUUCCUUAACACUCAUUGCUCACCUCAAUUCUGGAAAAGUGUGUGUGUAAAAUGAAAUGGAAUGGUUUCAUUUCAAAUUAGGCCAGACUCAAUCUAGCAUGUAGUUCAUUCACCUUCCUUAUAACAGCAUAAGUGAUUUUGUAACAAACUGAAAUGAUUGCAUUCAUAGUCUGAAACAAUUACAGACACUUUUCAAUCAAGACUAUGAAAAGAAGAGAAAUCACUAUGAAACAGUAUACCUGAAGAAGGAGUGUCUCCACCCCCAUGAUUCAGCCUGGACACAAAGGUCCUCCUCCGAGGGUCUUUUGCUGGUUCCCUCACUGUGAGAAGUGAAGUUACAGGGAACCAUGCAGAGGGCUUUCUCGGUAGUGGCACCCAAGCUGUGGAACACCCUCCCUUCAGAUGUCAAGGAGAUAAAGAACUACACAACUUUUAGAAUACACCUGAAGGCAGCCCUGUAUCGGGAAGUUUUUAACGUUUGAUCUUUUAUUGCUUUAUAUAUUUUUCUGGAAGCUGCCCAGAGUGGCUGGCGAAACCCAGAUGAGUUGGGUAUUAUUAUUAUUAUUAUUAUUAUUAUUAUUAUUAUUAUUAUCAACAAAGUCAGACCCAUCCAUGAAUGUGGCCUGGCAUUAGGCAUGUCAUACUUUCAAAACCUUUCUUGAUAUGACCAUUAUGUAUGCAUGGAUAAGUGUCAUUAUACAGUUUACCCACUGGAUGGCGCUGAACAUGGCCCCCAUUUGCCUAUUUCCAUUUAAUCACCAGGAUUUCAACUCCAAAGGGAAACAAGGAUGUCAGAUACAGUGGACCCUCCAGAUAUGAAUUAAAUUCGUUCCGGGGAUUCGUACCUAAGCUGAAAAGUCCGUAAGUGGAUGCGCCCCUUCUGCGCACGCGUGUGGUGCGAUAGAGUGCUUCUGCGCAUGUGCACAUGGUGAAACCUGGAAGUAUACACUUCUGGUUUUGACGCGUUCGCAACCCACAAGUCACAUAUCCAGAGCGGUCCACUGUACCUUGCAAUUUGCUAUUGUUCUUGAUUGUCUCUCCCUACUCCGCCUAAAAAAGGGAGGCAUUUCACCUCAAACUUUUUGUUCCAGCCCAAAGAAAUAUCGCUUGCCCCUAGUGAGAUAUUCUACCAAGACCUGGACCCCAUUCGAAAGGAGAUGCUGUCUUCCUGGGGACGUAGAGGUGCCCGUCUCCGCCGGGCGGCUCAGAGAUCUUGUCCUCCACUGUCCUCUUUAACGUUGUGGGUGGCCGGAGAUGGGGGCGAGCGUGAAGAGAACUACAGGUAUCACCGCUUGAUGGGGAACCUCGUCUCUUCCAUGGUGGCAGAAGAAGACUUGCCUCCCCCCACGUGGUAUGAGGUCCCAAGAGACGAUGCUGUGGGUCCCCCUCCCCCUCCUCCCCUCCGAUACCUGGCUAACGGCAUGAUCAUGGCAGAAGGGCAUCCCUUGCCCCACCUCAACCUUGACCAUGGCACCCAGAGGGGAGAAUAAAAUGAAACAUCUGGUAGAAGCAUCUCA